AUGGACCCUGUUCUCGCAGAAAGCAAACUCGCCUAUCAUGGACUUCAGAUGAAAUCAACUGAUACCGAUGGAACAGGUGUCAAUCCAGGAAGGGCUCAAACUGAUCAAAUCAAGCCGCUUAUCAAGACUUUUCUUAAGGACAUCGACUUAGAUCGAAGCAUUCGGGUAACUAACGAUCAUGAGAUGAGGAGCGCUGUUUGGCAAUACUUUAAAAGUCUGGACCUAGCAGAGAAGACUGAAAGAUCGGUCGAACGAUCCCUCGACCCCUCGGUGAACUUUGCAUAUCAUGGGUUCACGACUCUUCCUUUCCAGGUGAGGGUGCUAUGUGCCAUUCAAUUCCUCUAUAUGUUUCUAUUGGAUGAUGUGGCGGAGGAAUUCAUAGAGGAACUUCAAGUAUUUGGUCAAAACUUUGUUCUUAAUCAACACCACAAGCAUCCUCUUCUCACUGGGUUGGAUUCUCACCUUCGCAACUUAUCGCAUUAUUACGGCCCAUACUGCCACUCUGUGAUGACUAAAGGCAUGCUUGAUUAUAUCAAUGGCCGUGUCAUUGAGCAUAAGAUCAGAUCCAGUUUCAAGUUCUCCUCUGAGUCCCGCCUCAUGCCUAUGUUCUUAAGAACCAAGGUCGGAGGAGCAGAAAUCAUGGGCCAUCUCCUCUAUCCUAACUCCGUCUUUCCCGAAGAGGAAUACGUUAUGCAAUAUUUCCCCGUCACCCUGGAACUUGUCCUCUUCAUUGAUUUUACCAAUGAUAUCUUGUCAUAUUACAAAGAGUUCUGUCUCGACGAUGAAAGGGGCAAUUUUGUCGCAAAUUUCGCCGACACGCAUCAUGUACAGCAUUUGGAUGUCUUGCGGUAUCUCACGAGCUAUACGCCUGGUGUCACAAAGUCGGCUUAUAAACAGCUUCGGAAUAGUCCAUCGCUGCUCGCUUUAAUUAAGAAUUUCACCCAGGGAAUGAUUAUGCUCUUCACAGCGCACCAUCGAUAUCAUCUAGUGGAGUUGUUUGCAGAUGAGGAAUAUUUGCAGCCUUAUGAUAUGGAUGCAUAG